GUAUGCAUCUCUGUGGAAAGGAUGCCUGACGCUUUACACGGGACGAGGAGGCGAGCUGCAUAAAAUUGGGGAGUUCUGCAUGGUAUACUCAGAAGUGCCAAACUUCAGUGAGCCCAACUCGGAACAUAUCGGGCAGAACAAACUGGCACAGGGUGAACAGAAUAAUAGUUCUGCAUCAAGUAAUAUGGGUUCUUGUACUUUUGGGCCACUGGGAAAUGGUUUACAAACUGGACCUGAAUCAAGUGGAUUUCCAUUUACAUAUAAUCACGGCCAUGCUUAUGCAGGUAGUGGGAGAGGCAAUGGACGAGGACCUGUAAAUCCAUCACCAGCUAAUAGCAUUCAGCCUCUUCCUCCUCCUGUCAGUAACGGGAGGGACCCACGCAGAGCCUUUAAAAGAUGACUAUGCCAAAUGUGGUUGUACAGCUUGCUUAAACUCUACACUCUACUUGAACACUUAUUGCACUUUUAUUUAUAGUUAACUGUGAACCAGUUUGUCUUUUAUUGUUGUUUUUUACCUUUUGGUCUAUGGAGCAAACUUGAUGUGAUCUAUUCCUUGUUUUGCUUAGGGAAGCACGGUGAGUCUUCCCCAUAAAUUAAUGGGGUAAGGGGAGAAGGUGGAUGUAAGAAAGUAAGGGUAAUGGGUUGAAGAGUCUCAAUUAAAUCUUGGUACCCUUUGCUAAAUGGAAGAAAAUUUCAGUUACAUGUAUGUAUUUUCCUGUUUCUGUUGGUCAGCCAUAUAGCCUUAAAAGGUCUAUUAUGUCCUGUGCACGGAUAUGUUGACUUCUGUUAGGGUUAAUGGGAGUUCUUCCCAUUCUCUAUUGGAAGAGAAAU